AUGAUAGAGAAUCAGUCGGUAGAUUUCUUAAAUAGUACAAAUGCAAGCUUUUCUGAAGCUUCAAAUCUUACUUCGUCGUUUAUUGCAUGUGGAGAAGAUCAACCAUUGUUCGUUUUUCAGCAAGAAAGCCAAAAUCCUAAUCACGAACAACGUUUCAAGAACAAAGAAUGUCCUAUCGGUGAUCCCAGGAAUAUUUUAGAUGUUACGCAGUACCAACACAUCAUUUACCGAUCUUUAUGCCAAAAUGAGCUUGAAAUCAAAAGAAACUUCUUUAUUCAAGAUGAAAUAAACUUCUUGGAUAGAGGAGUUGCAUUUGAUUCAAUGUCCCAUGUACAUUAUAGGUUAAACAUGGGAACUAACGGAUUAUACAUUGCUUUUGGAAUCAUGGACAAGUAUAUGACUACACACCAAUUACCACGCAGCAAACUGAAACUUUAUUGCAAUGCUGCUGUUUUCAUUGGUUCGAAAGUUGAAGAUUACAGACCGCCACGUGUGAGAGACUUAAUAAGAAUGGCCGAUCACUGUUUUGGUGGUAAUACUUUCUCUUCCAGAGAACUUUAUGAAGCUGAACAUGACUUAUUAGCCACAAUUGGUUUCAAUAUCACAUUUGGCACUCCAUUGCUCUAUAUGACUCAAUUAAUGAGAAUAUCUGGUCAUAAUACUGAGAAUAUUCUCAUUGCCAGAUACAUUUUAGAAAUUAUGCAGACUAAUAUUAAUUUUGUUGGAUUACCAUAUUCAAUGCAUGCCGCAGUCGCUGUUAUGGUAGCAAGAAUUUUCGAAGGAAAGAGUCGCUAG